AUGCUCCGCAACGUGACUCUCGCCCUCGCGGCACUUGUUCCUUUUGCCCUAGGCCAGGUCAGCGAGGGCUUUGAGAGCGGGCUGGACGCCACGGCGUGGCCGACCUAUGCACCCGACUGCAGCCAGGGCGGCAAGAUCACUCUGGACACGUCGCAGGCGCACAGCGGCAAGAACUCGGUCCGGGUCGACGGCGCGGGCGGCUACUGCGGGCACAUAUUUUUUGGAACCACAAAGGUGCCGAGCGGCGAUGUAUACGUCAGGACAUGGCUCAAAGCAUCCCGCGCCUUCACCGACGCGCACGUAACCUUCAUCACGAUGCCGGACGCGGCCCAGGGCGCCAAGAAGCACCUGCGCGUGGGCGGGCAGAGCAAGAUCCUCAUGUUCAACCGCGAGACGGACGACGCGACGCUGCCGGACCUGUCGCCGCAGGGCAUCGCCGCGUCGGCGGCCCUCCCCGCCGGCAGCUGGCAGUGCCUCGAGUACCACCUGGGGCCGGACGGGACGCUCGAGACGUGGCUCAACGACCGGGCCGUCGCGGGCCUCACCAGCAAGGCCGGGGUCGCCAACGCCAACGCCGCCCAGUGGCAGCGCAGCACCAUCAAGCCCAAGGUCUCGGCCGUCUACUUUGGCUGGGAGUCGUACGGCGGCGACGUAAACACCUUUUGGUACGACGACAUUGCCGUCAGCUCGCAGCGGGUCGGCUGCGGGAAUGCUACUGCGGCUGUCUGA